AUGGCAACUGGAAGUUAUCGGGGAAAUACGGUUUCGUCACCUGUGUCACCCUUCUCGUUCCAGGGUUCCUCCGUGAUGCAAGGGGGUCAAAAUCCGUUACGACAACACCCCACUUCAAUGGCACAUCCUCGAUAUGAGAGUAGAUCUGCUUCUACACCUACAUUACCCGUCGUGCAGACUCAGAGUGCUGGCACUCCUAGGCCGCGGCCAUCGGCUACGAACCCUUCAACUCCUGUAAAUUCUACAAACUCGUUUCCUCCUUUGCAGCAUAGCGUUUCCACCGAUGACUCUGUUCAAAAAGCUACACGAUCAGUCGCUCCUCUCGAGCUCAACCUACCGUCUACUCAGCUCACCUCAUACGCAAAUGUUGCCAAGGCAUCGCCCGAUCGGUAUCGACGGAAUCAUCGUCGAGCUGAGACUGCUGGUGGCCUAGCGAGCAAUACUACUCAAACUUCUGCGGUGCCAUCGGGGUCUGGAAUGGCUUCGGUCGGUCAUCUCUAUUCCCAGCCAAAUCAAAUCAGUGGUCCACCGGCCGUUUCCACAUAUCCAUCGUAUCGGGGUGCUCCAGCACAAAAUGCACAGCCAUCUAGAGAGCUCAAUACGAGCUUGCAAUCAAGACUUUCCAGUCAGGAUGAUAUGAAUGUCCAGCAACGACAGAAUCAACCAGACUUAGCAAAAAGGUACAGAAGGCGGAGUAUCAGUAGUUUAGAAGCCAAAGAGUACACUUUACCGCAGUCUGAAGCAACUCCUCAGCCAGUGAAGCCAAAGACGUAUGCUGCAAUGCUCGCUGCUCCAGCACCUGCAGAUCGCAAGGAAGCACGCCAGCCAGCGAAACAGGAUCGUCCGCCCUCCUCCCACGGACGUAAUGAUAGUAUUGAAAGUGCUAAUACCAACACGACUUCUUCGAGCGCCAAGUCAUCUUCGGCAAAACGAGCUCCUGACUUUCCCUCUGCAGCCUCUACCGCUCAACAAGCUACACCUGUAGCGAAGAAUGAAGCCAAGGUCGUCAAUGUCCCUGCUAGAGGGUCUUCAGAGGCCAACAAAAGACUCACCAAUCCCUCGCCACUAUCGAAGCCUCUGUCAAUGAGCCCGGAACCUCAUGCAAGUAAAGAAUUCUCAGUACCUCUUGAGAAGCCAAAACCAGCUCCGAUGCCAGUACCAGCAUCUUCAUCGAGCGGCAUGUCUGAAAGCCCGGCGGCUCAACAGCUGGCAGCUUUGAGCAAAAAGGAGGCAAAGAAGGAAGGAAAGUCUUCCCGCCUACGGCGAGCGUUCUCAUUUGGCAGUGCUGCUGAAUUACGGAAGGCGUCUACUGAAAAUAACGCAAAUGCAGUGCGGGAAAGGAACAAAUUGCAGAAAAGCCAGUUUGCGGACGAGGAAGAAGAGAAACAAGCGGCGAUAGCCCAGCAGCAAGAAGCUGCUGGGUUGGGAGAGAGUAUCUAUUCAGGUCAAGGCCAUUUCUUUACUGGAUCGACGGACAAUCUUUCCAUCUCGUCAACUGCUUCUUCGGCCUCCAUGAUGAUCAGAAAGAUGGGCAAAGGCGUGAAGAAAGGCUCGAAGAAUCUCGUCGGGCUUUUUAGACCAAAGUCGGUGGUUGGUGUACCAGCAGCAGAUUCUGCGGUACCUGAGCCGAGCGUUGCACAAGUCUCGAUGGUGACAGUUGAGGCUGAAAGAGAAAAGGUCAACGUCAAUGUCAGCCCACACGAUCAGCCUGGCGGUGGCACGGGUUUUCCAAAGCUAGAGCGGAACUCUAUUGAGGCUACGGCCGUGACACAAGAGGCAGCCCAUACAUUUUCAGAUGCAGACACCUUUCACCGUCGCAGUAUAGUAGGAGGUGAGAGAGAGCGUGCCGAGGUUUUGGCAGCCGUUAAGAAAGGCAUCUUGAAACGCACAGAUUCUAGCAAUUCAACACAACCAACAAGAAUUGUUGAUUCUCGACCACCGAACUUUAAUCUCCCACAAAUCCCCCGAGUUAAUGACUCCCCCAACUCCAGUGCUCCCAGCACACCUGUUGACGAGAGACCACGAGGUCAUGGCAAGUCUGAUUCUGUGCAUAUUGAGGGAGAGGAGUAUUUCCUUUCGAUUCAGAAUUAUGCCAAUGGCUCUUCCUCCAGUGUGCCAGGCACACCUGGCAGAGGUAUGAAAGGCAUCACAUUCAGUCCUCGCAUAGUGUUUCAUGAUACCUGGCCCCCUGGGGAGUAUGACCGAAGAGGCGAAAUCGCUACAUGCAACCGGCUCACACCAAUGCUGGCACAACAGAUCAAAGAAGAGCUGAACUCUUUUAAGAUGGUAUGA